GAAGCAGCGAAUAAAGCGACUCAGCUUCUUCCCCUAAAAUCGUCAAGAAGAGCUCCAAAAAGAUUAGGUUUUAGGCGUCAAAAUCCAAACGCAGCUGACGAAUUUUAGGGCUUAAAGCGUCAAAAACCCUCUGAGGAGAGAGAGAGAGAGAGAGGAUGAAGAAAUUGAGAUGGGCUAUGGACAGUGGAUUCUGGGAUUUGGACAUGUCCACGCCAAUGACUAUCGACGGCAUCGCUCGACCCGUCCCUGGAAACCCUCUUCCUCUCGGCCUGUCGAGAGGAAUCAAGCUAUCGAGGCCGAAACAGCUUGAUUUCAUGCAUCGCUUCAUGUCGACCCCGCUCGUCCCUUCUUACGCCGGCGAUCCGGCCAGAGGUGGUGAUGGGUUCACCCUGCAACGUGCUUUCACCUUCCCUUUUGGUGAGAAUUGGUUUGCUACUUUACUAGGCCAGUUCCACUUACAGAAAUUAAUAUCUUCUGUCAAAGAAAGCACGCCAGGAAAUCCCCCAGAAUCCUCAUGGCUUAAAAACAUAGGCCAACAUCUUUGUGAUAAAUCGCUAUAUGCUCUUGGUUUCUGUUCAGAAUUCUUGAUCCUACCAGAUUUAUCUAUACUCCUAAACUCAGAAGCAUAUGCCGAUAAGAAGGGACGCAGAAACAAGGCAAUUGUCCUUCAAAAGCUUCCACAUCACAACUUAACAAUGGAGGCGACAUGGCCUGGACUUUUUGUUGAUGAUCUUGGCAAAUACUGGGAUGUGCCAUUAUCAAUGGCUAUUGAUCUUGCUCCUGUUGCUUCUGACUCUGGCUCGAGUUAUCAUUUAUGCAUACAGCAUAACAGUGGGCAUCCCAAGCAGUUUGGAGGUGAUCAGACCAGUGGAGUACCUCCAAAUCUACUGCCUGGGUUCUGUGUCAAAGCUGCCUAUUCUGUUAAGAAGGAUGCUGAUAUUUGGAGAAGCAAGGAAAGGAAGUUGAAAAUGGUGCAGCCAUUUGAUGUAUUUCUGUCGGAUCCUCAUGUUUCAGCUUCAGUGAUCAUGGGUAGUGUCGUCAGUGCAUCGUUUGGGGAUAACUCUGUGAGACCUCCAACAGAAGAUUUGCAGGGUUUCAGGGCCUUACGCAUACUUGCCCAAGGAAGCAAGCAUGCUUUUCUAGCAGAUUUGUUUGCAUCCGUUUCUUGUACAGCUCAUCAUGGAUAUUUUCAGAGGCUUUUCUUUGAUCUCACCAGAUUAAAUGCGCGUCUAGAUUUCCCUUCCGGUUUGAAAUUUCUAACAGGUGCUACACAUCUAGCACAGAGCUUCUAUCAUUCUCAAAAACCUGAUUCUGAGGCAGUCCAUGCAAUCUGCCCUGAUGUCACACUUUCGCUUCAGCAACAGAUUGUUGGAGCUUUCAGCUUCCGAGUGGAUUCCAGAAUCACAUUCGACUCAAAGAUCCAAAACCGUUUUGCCCGCAUAGAUGAAUCGGUUUUUGCUAUUGAGUAUGCCUUGAAGGUUCUUGGUUCAGCAAAGGCAGUCGCUUGGUAUUCCACAAAACAACGAGAGGCCAUGGUUGAGCUACGGUUCUUUGAGAGCUAAUGGAAUUUGGUACUCCAUCUCCUGAGUUUAAUGCUUUCACGAUCCAUUUGCAGGAAAUUGUAGUAUUUAUUUAUUGGAAUUUGACAAUGUUUCCAAUCACCAAGACUAUUCUUUUUUCUUUAGCAAUUUUAAUAGAUUUUGUGGCUGUCCGAUGGAUGUAUCAAUUUCCAUGAAUGAAGGAAAUCAUGACUUGUUAUUUU